ACCCAGCAACUCGUGGAAUGGCAAAGAGGUCACCUCACAGCGGGGAAGGCAUCCCACAGGCGAUAGCGUGACCUCAGGCCAUAAUUUCGAUUCCCAGCGCCAUGAAUAUUAAGCGUAAAACGAGAGGGAAACACAAAGAGACGCUUGAAGUGCAGGAUGGUUCCCCCCGUGAGCGCUUUGGUACAUCCCGCGGUAGGUGGGAUCGGCAGUGCUGGGAAGUCUCUGGCAGAUCAAUGACUUCGCUUUGAUGGCAGGGUCGGCCCAUUGAGCUCAGAGCUGGGGGGGGGGCUUGCAUUUGUCAGUUCGCAGAGCCGUGAGCGGGGUGUACCGGGGAAAGAGGGGGAUUCUCCAGACGUUCCCCCCUGCAGCCUCCUGGACUUGGGGGAAACUUGAUACAAAGUUGCCUGCGUGUGACCCUACGGACGGAUACAAGGUCUCAGUUCGUGCGCACGGACUAGGAAUGAUUUUUCCAAGUAGCAGCAACCCUGUUAGAACUCCAUAUCGGAAGCAGCAACCCAUUGUGCCUGCUCAUCCCAUGGCUCCUCCAAGCCCCAGCACGACUGGUAGUAACAACAACAACAGUAGCAGCAGUAGUAGCAGCUGUGGAUGGGAUCAGUUAAGCAAAACUAACCUUUAUAUUCGAGGACUUAGUCCAAACACGACAGACCAGGACCUGGUGAAGCUCUGCCAACCGUAUGGGAAAAUCGUUUCCACGAAGGCUAUUUUGGAUAAGACAACAAACAAAUGCAAAGGUUAUGGUUUUGUAGACUUUGACAGUCCUGCAGCUGCCCAGAAAGCUGUUUCUGCAUUAAAGGCUUCUGGAGUCCAAGCUCAGAUGGCAAAGCAACAGGAACAAGACCCAACCAAUCUGUACAUAUCGAAUCUGCCUCUUUCUAUGGAUGAGCAAGAGUUGGAGAGUAUGCUCAAACCUUUCGGACAAGUAAUCUCUACAAGGAUACUGCGAGACUCUAGUGGUACUAGCCGUGGGGUUGGAUUUGCAAGGAUGGAAUCUACAGAGAAAUGUGAAGCCGUGAUUAGUCAUUUUAAUGGAAAAUUCAUUAAACCGCUACCUGGAGUUUCUGCUCCAGUUGAACCCUUGUUGUGCAAGUUUGCUGAUGGAGGACAGAAGAAGCGACAGAAUCAAAACAAAUAUGUCCAGAAUGGAAGAGCCUGGCCUAGAGAGGGCGAGGUGAGACUUGCUGGCAUGACACUUACAUAUGACCCCACCACUGCUGCUAUUCAAAAUGGGUAUGUCAGAAGGUUUUACCCCACACCAUACAGCAUCGCCACUAACAGAAUGAUCACCCAGACAUCGAUCACACCUUAUAUCACGUCUCCUGUGUCAACGUACCAGGUGCAGAGUCCAUCUUGGAUGCCACCCCAACCUUACAUCAUGCAACACGCAGGAGCUAUGUUAACUCCGUCCAUGGAACACCCCAUGUCACUACAGCCUGCCUCCAUGAUCAACCCUUUGACACAGCAGAUGAGUCAUCUUUCAUUAAGCAGCAGCGGAACAUACAUGCCUGCAACAACAGCUAUGCAAGGAGCUUAUAUCCCCCAGUACACACACGUCCAGACAGCGGCAGUCUCUGUGGAGGAGCCCAGUGGUCAACAGCAAGUGGCAGUAGAGACGUCUAGCGAGCAUUCUCCAUAUACCUAUCAACAAAACAAGUAACUCUAAAAUGGUGUCAUGAUCAUGCCUGAGGGAGAAAAGGUGCAGAGGCUGAAACAAUCAUGGAUUUUUCUGAUCAAUCGUGCUUUAUGAAUUGACCGUUUUGCACAGGUUCUUGGAAAAAAAAAAAAAAAAACAGUAAUUUAUAAUGAAAUCAACUCAAACUAUUUUUGCUAUAAGUUCUAUGAGGUGCAUAAAAAAAUCCUUCACUUCAUCUAGUGACUGUUCCCGUGAACAGUUUUAUUUUAUUACGAAAAUUUUUAUCAAGUACUAUAAAAAAAAAAAGAAAGACUAUAAGUUUAUUUCUGGAUAUGCACACGUGACACAUUUGGAUGAAUCCAUGUGCAUGACCGAAGAUCUUGUGUUAUAAUUUUUUUUACUUAUUUUUAUUUUUUUAAUUUGUAUAAGAAUUUUAUUUUGUUUUUACUUUUUUCAGAAUUUUAUUUUUCCUGAAACUAGCCAUUUCGGAAGCUGAGAGGCCCUGAAUGCGCCAGCGAGGAUGUUUCAGCCAAGCAUGACUGGUUGCUCAGCCGCUGAAAUGGCUUCAAUAAAAAAAAAAAAAAAAAAAAAGGGCACCCGCAGUGGUGCCGCUGUGCUUGCAGUGUGAGUGUUGCUGUUGUGCAGUGUUGCUGUCUGUUUUUCUGACCCUUUUUGUCAUUCUUUCUCAUAGCGUGAAGUGUCUUAUCUUUUUUCAAUGAAUUCCAAUUUGCCUUAAAUCUUUCAAUGCUGUAGCUUUUUUUCUGAAGUAAUUAGUAUGACAUAACAGUGUAGGAUGCUUUGACCAAGUAAGCUGGUCGUUAUGCCUUGUAAAACAGCAGCAUAGGGCUUUAAAAAAAAAAAGAAAGAAAAAAUUAGUUAAUAAAAUUGCUGAAGAAUUUGCUUUUUUUUAAAUGUGCAGUAGCUGUUUUUGAUGACUUUUUUUUCCAUGUAAUAUGUAAGGUAGUGAAACGCAUUGGGUAGGUGGGAGGAGGGAAAAUGUUUUGUGUGAAACACUUUUUUCUGAUGAAUAUGUUUUAAUAGAAUCCGUUGUUUGUAAGGCCUUAUGCCAAUUUGCUCUGGUAGUCCAAGCGAUUUUAGAAAUCUGCUGUAUAAUGCAAUGUAAAAACUUUUUUGCCUUUUUUUUCCAGACUAACUUGAUGUUCUAGUUUUAGUGAUUGUAGAAUAUAGGAAUUGGGAUGGGGGAUUUAUUAGUGAAUGUGUUUUUUUUCUUUUUUGUCUUCUUUAUACGAUUUAAUAAUAGUGCUUUAGAUAGUUGAUUGUGCUGAAAAUUAGCAAACAGAGAGUGCUGUUACAGCAAAAUGAUAAAAACAAAAAUUUAAAAAAAAAAUACAAAAUAAAAAUUUAAAAAAAACAAUAGUAACAACAGCUGAGACACAAGUCAAAUUGUCAAUACAUUGGGUACUAGCUCUCUCUAUUAGGCAAACAUAAAUAAGGUAAAAAGAAACUUGGCACUUUUUAAAGGUAACUUUACCAAAGAACAAAGAGCCAGUAACCAAUCACUAAAAUAUUCUCAGCAUGAAAUUUUUUUUUUCUGUAUUUUUUUUUUCUUUUUUUGCCGGACCAGUUUGCGGUUAGAAGAAUGUGCCUUUUUUGUACAUUUGCAUUUUUUUGGGUUUAUAGUUUUAAUAAAUGUAUGGACACAAUAUAAAAAAAAAAAAGCAUGAAGGAACACUUGGAUCCAUGCAGUGCCACACUUCACGUCAUCACUACAAGUAUUAAUUGUGAAAAAAAAAAGAAAAACACCUUUUUUUUGAAACUAUGAAAUUCCUGAUUGGACAAAUACACAAUUUUAGUUUCUACAUUUUUUUUUAAAUCAGAUGAUCAGUCACUGCUAUUUUUUUUUCUUUUAUGCUAAUUGCAUAUGUAAACAAUGUAAGCAAGAAAUUAUGUUGUCUUCCAAAAACUGUGUACUCGUCUGGUCAGCAGUGUGUGAUCAGUUAUCUACCUCAAAUAUUUCCUUUUAAAAUGGGACAGGUUGCUGGCCCUCCCUGUUUCCACCGACCAAAUCUGCCUAGCUGGAGCUAGGCCUAACCAGUUGUUUUUUUUUUUUGGUUUUCAUUUUAAUAAUUUUUUUCUAGUAUUGAAACUGCAUGUGUGUAUUUGUGUAUAGCUGGCAGUGACAUUUCAUAGUUUCAAAAGUAAUUGCUGCUCUCAGUUUAGAUUCUAGUAAAAUACAUAUAUACAUGAGAAGUGUUUUUUGUUUUGUUUUGUUUUUGUUUUUUGCAGAGGAAGAUUAAAAAAAUAAAGAUGUGGUAUAAAUUGGUUCAAAGCUCCCUAGGAUUUAAUUGCUUUAAUUAAACACCAAUCGCUGCUUAAGGCUUACGGCCCAAUGUGUGCUUUGACCACCCAAAUUGUGCUCCAUUUGAAGUCGCCACCUAGUGCUAUGAGUAGAAAUUGGGUGAAUAUUUCAAUUAAGUUAGGCUCAGGACUAAGCCAAAUCCUAGUCUUUUUUAGCAGGAUUCAAACAAUGACCCCUUAAAACCUCGUGAAUUUCCGUCAAACGAUCAAGGAAAUAAUAAAUAUUUUCACCCUUCCUUGCCCUCAUUUGCAUAUGAAAAUUGGGAUUCAGCCGAAUUGUUCGUAAAAGAUUCAGGAUUUGGCCAAAUUCCAAAAAGUGCACACAUGGGAUUCCACUAGGAAAUUGUGUCAACAUUUUUUCAUAUUUCCCAUCUCAGUGUCACAUUUUUGUCAAGGAAUAAAUGCUUGGGGUCAAAACAGCACACAUGCCAUUCGCCUAAGUUUUAUGUUGUAUGUCUUUGCUGAUGCAUUAUCAGUAAGAUCUACCUUUCAGACUUUCAGCAUCUUUCCAUGUAUCAGGUGUAUUAGUACACCAGGAGCUUUAAUCAAACUCAAGUUGAAGAUUUGAAAAGUCCAUGGUUAAACCAUAGAGCUCUUAAAGGUGAUGGAAAUCACAGCUGUAGAUGUCUGAAUCCCGUGCCAUACUUAAUUUCUGGGUAAGAUUUGAAAAUUAAAACAUAACCUCUGUACAUAAAAAAAACUAAUCAAUGAGUUAAACAUCACAUAGUAGACAGCCAUUAAAUUAUAAAAAGAAACAUUUAAUUUAUGAAGAAAGACCUUUUGUACAGAUUGAAAAAAAAAAAGAUUUUCAUAGAGAUAUCUAUAUGAUCAAGAGAGUUAAUUUUUUAUUUUUGUUUUACUCGUGCCACAGACUUGCCAGUGGUAACUUAUUUGUCCGGUUCAAGACAAACUCUGUAGUUAUGUUUCCUAGGAAUUGUUGUUAAACGCCAAGACAUUUUGAACUGUAAAUUGAUUAGAUUGUUAGCUUUUUUCUGUUUUUUGUUUCUUUUGAAAACUUUUGAAUAAAAAGAUCAGAAAGAA